CAGACCUUUCACAUGACACACUGGGUCAACCCACGUGAUACUUUUAGUCACUGGUUUUGGAGACUAUGUUUUGUUAACCUUAAGAGAUUUUUCUCCAGCUUGAAUGGAUUUUCCAGACAGUAACAGGUGACGUUGUGUACUUAAUCGUCAGAAGAUUGUUUCGCGAAAAAGGAAAAAGAAGGAUUUUAUAUAACCGUUCAUUAUUGGCGAGAUGGCCGGAGUUGGCAAAACGGCGGCUGUACCUCCCUCUGUGGUUCACGACAGAAGCAAUUUCCUCGGCGCCAGGAUCCCCACAGAGGUGGAUGCCUUGCCCAAACACCUUCAAGAGCUGGAUAAAGAAGCGUUCAGAAAGCUUUUGAGGGCUGUAGUAAAAGCUCUGGAAGGAGAGGACAGCCGAGAAUCUGUUAGAAAAAUUGCAGAAAGUGGAGUGGUGCCUGAAGAAAGGAUGACCUAUAUUAUUGCAGGAAUGUACACUUUAUUGAGGGAGGCAUUAAGGCUUCCACUGUCAUCUCUUAAACAAGAGGUAUUUAAGGAGGACUUGAGGGAUCUGAGGAUACCAGAAGAAUUUAUUUUGGAUUUUGCCAGUGUAGUGUUUGGAAGCAGACGUGCUGAACUUGAGGCUGCUGCUGCACUGGAAAGGCCUCAGCUCCCAAGCAUUGUGGAUUUUAAGUGGAGAGUUGAUGUGACAAUUUCAACAAGCUCCCUAGCACGUGCUUUGCAGCCUUCAAUACUUAUGCAGAUGAAGUUGUCUGAUGGAACUGCUAAUCGAUUUGAGGUGCCAGUUUCAAAGUUCCAGGAGCUCCGUUACAACGUAGCACUUAUUUUAAAAGAGAUGAAUGAUUUAGAGAAACGAAGUGUUCUGAAAAUACAAGACUAAUGUUUUUUUUUAUUAUUAUUUUAUAUAUUUUACAUGAAGAUUUGGAGUUUUCCUGUAAAUAAGACAAAAUUCUGUACAUAACCUUGUUUUCACUAAUGUUGAAUGAUUUUUCAGCAGCUUUAAGUAUUAAAGAAUGAAAUAAAUU